UUCCAAGAAGCCGUGAAUGCAACACAAGGUUUGACAGCUCGACGCCCAAACAUGGCGGCUGGAAGCUAAAGCAACCAGGCAACACCUGCGCCUGCUAUUAUAACUGUCAGCAACCAGGAAGUAAUCAGAGCCAUAAAGACUCGCGGAUGCAGAAAGCGAAUAUCUGCGCUUGUCUCGUGUGAGCUGCGGCUGAAGGCAGCGAGGAGUAAGCGGAGCGUCGCGUCGCCAUGUCACACAGGUAACCCAGCGUACUGUGAUGAUGUCAUCUCCACCACCAGCAAAGCCCGGCGCGUCCCUCUCCCACUGGGCUCCCCUGCAGCCCUCAGCAGCCCUCGACUCGGCGUCGGUGUCUUCCCUCCUGUCGGGGGAGUUCGACAACGAGGCGGAUGCAGGGAGAGGCGAGGAGGACGAGCUGGGAGACCUGGAAGUGAACCCGUACGAUGGGCUGCCCUUCUCCUCGCGCUACUACACGCUGCUGGAGGAGCGGCAGCAGCUGCCCGUGUGGAGCCUGAGGCGGCGUCUGCUGGAGCACCUCGAGAGCCACAGCAUGGUGCUGCUCAGUGGACCCAGCGGCGCCGGGAAGAGCACCCAGGUCCCUCAGUGGUGCGUGGAGUACGCCUCGUCCUUCGAGUUCUCGCAGGGCCUGGUGUGUUGUUCUCAGCCCCAUUCGGUGGCAGCGGUGAGUCUGGCUCUGCGUGUGGCCGAUGAAAUGGACCUGAGCCUGGGUCUGGAGGUGGGCUACCGGGUGGCGCACGACGACAGCUGCACACCUGACACCCUGCUCAGGUUCGUCAGUGACGCCCUGCUGCUGGAGGAAAUGAUGUCGGACCCUCUGCUUCACCACUACGGCGUGGUGGUGUUGGACGAGCUUCAGGAGCGCACCGUGGCCUCCGACGUGCUCCUCGGGCUGCUGUGCGACGUCUGCCUCCAGAGGCCCGACAACUUCCGGGUGGUUCUGCUCGCGUACCCCGCGCUGGCCCCCGGCCUCGCUGCCUUCCUCGGACCCUCCGUCCCUCACCUGAGCCUGGACGACCACGAUCCCACAAGCGGCCACCAGGAGCUGAAGGAGCGGAGGGCGGUGGAGACGGUCUACAGGGAGGUGCCGUCUGGAGGGGAACCCGUGGCCGCCGCUUGUCGUGUGGUGUUGGACCUGCACAGAAGAGACGAGGACGGAGAUGUGAUGGUGUUCUUGGCCAGUGCCCAGGAGAUAGACGGAUGUGCCGCCCUGCUGGAGAAGGAGAGGCUGACUCUGAGUCCUCAGCUGGGUUCCCUCAGGGUCCUCCCCCUGCACGCAGGGCUGGGCGCGCUGACUCAGCGGGUUUAUGAGUCUGACCCUGAGGCUGCUGCCCUGAAGGAGACCUGCAGCUCCAGCGAUGGGGACGGGAGCUCUGCUGUGGCGGCUGAAGGCCCAGGGGUCCGGAGGAGGGUCAUCCUCACUGAUGCGUUGGCAGAGGCGUCCUUCUCCCUACCAGCCGUCCGCUAUGUCAUAGACACAGGCCGUCAACUCCAUACAGUUUACAACCCACAAGUGCGAGCAAACUCGCAGGUGCUGAGGACGAUAAGCAAACUGCAGGCUGACAUGCGAGCUCAGAGGGUAAACAGCCAGCUUCCAGGGCUGUGUCUUCGUCUGUACCCCCAAUCGCUGUAUGAUGGGAUGGCCGAGGCUCCGUGUCCUCGCGUCACGGAGGAAAACCUCAGCCACUUGGUGCUGCUGCUCAAGAGGCUGGACAUCGCCGACAUGGGGCAGUGCAAGUUUCUGGACAGACCAGCUCCCGAGGCUCUGAUGCAGGCGCUGGAGGACCUGGACUACCUGGCAGCACUGGAUGAUGACGGCAACCUAUCAGAGGUGGGAAUCAUAAUGUCAGAGCUGCCCCUGCAGCCGUCGCUGGCUAAGGCUCUGAUCGCUGCCUGUGAGUACGACUGUGUCGAUGAGCUGCUCACUAUAGCUGCCAUGCUCACUGCUCCUUCUUGCUUCGCGGUGGCAGAUCCGAGCAGAGUGGACGAUGCCGUCACGCACUGGCAGCCUCUGAUGCACAGUGAAGGCGACCACAUGACGCUCAUCAACAUAUACAACGCCUUCAUGAAGCAUAACCAGGACGAGGCCUGGUGCUCCACCCACUCCCUCAGUCACGCCUCCCUCCGUCUGGCUGUGGUGAUCAGGGCUGAGCUGCUGGAGGUGCUGCAGCGGAUAGAGCUUCCGGUUUCCCCACCGGCGUUCGGAUGCCAAGACAACUGCACCAACAUCAAGCGCGCUCUCAUCUCAGGCUUCUUCCUCAAAGUGGCUCACGACGUGGACGGCUCCGGUAACUACCUCCUGCUGACCCACCGCCACGUGGCUCACCUGCAUCCCUUCUCCUCGUACCGGUGUCGCCAGCCUCGGCCCAGCCCGCCCAGCUGGGUCCUCUACCACGAGUUCACCAUCUCCCGUGAUAACUGCAUCUGCAUCGCUUCCGACGUCCAUCCUCAUAUGCUGGUGGAGCUGGCCCCUCAGUACUACCUGGGAAACCUGCCAGCGAGUGACGGCAAAGAGCUGCUGAUGGAGCUGAGGCAGAGUCUGGAGAGCGACGGGCAUCGCGACGAGCUCAGCACGAGUCCAAGAGACGGUGAAGAGGCGGGAGAGAGCGGCCGGUCCAGUACCGAGCUCUGUGUUGUCCAGUGAGGCUUCGUCUGUCAUUCAGUGGUUUUGGAAUUAAAAUGUUCCACCCGCUGCUGAAGAACACUAAUGUACAGUACAGUUGCAGUCGGUGCAACUGUGACAAACGUCAUCGCUGCUCGUUUGAAGCUUUAUUUGAUUGGGUUUGAUUUGACAUUCGAAUAAUUUCCAAACACUCUUGUUGAGGACUGUUAACACUAAUAGCGCAAAAUAGAUGAAGGGAAACAGCAAAAAUAGGGAGGUUGCGUUUUCUGCUAAAGCAAUAAAACACUGUGUCGCGACCUUUGACCUCUAUGCAGAUGCCAUUUACAGGACAUGACUGGGUUCUCAGGGAUCACAGCAUCUGUUUGCAUCUUUUUAUACAGUUUGUAUAUGUUUGAUCUUCAUUUUCCUUUUUUGUGAAGUGGAAUAUUUUAAUAGGAAAUGAGCUUUUAAUGAAAGUAUUUUAAUGUUUGAACUGGCCUAGCUGAUUGCUCACUUUAUACCCACUGUCUAUAAACUGCUCUGCGUUGUAUUAAAGGUAAAGUUCUGUUCA